CGCGGCUGGAACACCACCAUCCACCAGUUCCGCUGUCACCGGGUCUUCGCUUUUCUUGGUGACCGCGUUGAGGAUUAAACGGCCGCGAGUGUCUGCGUUGAGCGGCGGGAGUUACUUUACGAGGCCGGAGACAUCUCAUUAAUAUUAUUUAUGUGAUACAAACUAAUUAAACAUACGCGCUGACUUGUAAGAAUCCAGGUUUUGGGAGACUAUAGGCUCUUGGUGACUCCAGGGGUCUUGGUAACUCAAGGCUCUUGGUGACUUUGUGAGAGGCUUCUCGUCCUGUGGGAAGAGCUUGAGGAAUUUGGCAAGACACUUGCCUGUGUUUGCAUUCCUUGGCGUGUGUGAUGUGAGCUUCACUCUGUCAACGGGGCGGUCUCGUGGCUGUGUGAGGAGUGGGUGACAGUACAGGCUGUCGGGCGUGGCACGUCUGGUGGUGCCACAGAGACAUACAGCGAAUAUGUCCAUGGGUGGGCGUGUGAUGGUGGGUGGUGAGGCGUGCCAGAUAUUACCGCUCGCUUGCAUCCCGCCACCGCAGCCGCCUCUACUGUGCCUUGGUCAGCUGCCCACCCCCCACACUACCUGGAGCACCACCAGCACCUUCGGCAGCCCCCACCCACAUUUCCCCAGUGCCCAUAGUUCCGUCAGGGUGGCAAGAGCUCCCACGGUAGGUGUGGUACACAAGGAGAAGCCAGCAGGCACUUUUCCUCCCGCCCAGUGCCCGACGGUGCCACUUCCGCAGCUCUCACGCGCCUCCUUUCAUGUUGGCUACUACGUCCCCCCGUCCGUCGAGCCCGGCGACCCUUAUGGGGGCCUGGAGCAGGUGUGGAACCAUCACUUCGAGCUCAUCUUCAGGAACCUGCCCAACAUCUGGACCUUCGGACCGACCGAGGUUAUCCCCGUACACUGGAGCGUCUUCAAGGACAUGGCCAAGGUCCGCUUUUCUUGCCAGAGGUGCUCCCACGGCUGGACUAGCAUGUACGGGCUGGUAGUCUUCUACUACAAGUGGGACACUUCUAGCAACCAGGGCAACGUCCGUUUCCUCUUGACGGGGCAGAAGUGCAACCAGUGUGAUCCUCCAGGCUUCGAGACUCCUAUGUGGUACCCAGAGGAGGCGCAGAAGGUCAUGACCAACCUGUACCACCAGGUGGCAAGUCGUAUCUACGGCCUGCAGACGCCCCCACUGAUACGAGACCGCCGCCACGGCCGCCCCCGUCACCAACACAACUCCAGCAUGUGUGAGGGUUGUCACCAAGGACUGUGCAAGACCCCGCGGACCACGGCUCUCUGAGGGCUGUCACCAGGGGCUGUACAAGACCCCUAGGACCAGGGCCCUCUGAGGGUUGUCACCAAGGACUGUGCAAGACCCCGCGGACCACGGCCCUCUGAGGGUUAUAACCAGGGGCUGUGCAAGACCCCGCGGACCACGCCCCUCUGAGGGUUGUCACCAGGGGCUGUACAAGACCCCUAGGACCACGGCCCUCUGAGGGUUGUCACCAAGGACUGUGCAAGACCCCACGGCCCUCUGAGGGUUGUCACCAGGGGCUGUGCAAGACCCCGCGGACCACGCCCCUCUGAGGGUUGUCACCAGGGGCUGUACAAGACCCCUAGGACCACGGCCCUCUGAGGGUUGUCACCAGGGGCUGUACAAGACCCCGCGGACCACGGCCCUCUGAGGGUUGUCACCAGGGGCUGUGCAAGACCCCGCGGACCACGCCCCUCUGAGGGUUGUCACCAGGGGCUGUGCAAGACCCCGCGGACCACGGCCCUCUGAGGGUUAUAACCAGGGGCUGUACAAGACCCCUAGGACCACGGCCCUCUGAGGGUUGUCACCAGGGGCUGUGCAAGACCCCGCGGACCACGGCCCUCUGAGGGUUGUCACCAGGGGCUGUGCAAGACCCCGCGGACCACGGCCCUCUGAGGGUUAUAACCAGGGGCUGUGCAAGACCCCGCGGACCACGGCCCUCUGAGGGUUGUCACUAGGGGCUGUGCAAGACCCCGCGGACCACGCCCCUCUGAGGGUUGUCACCAGGGGCUGUGCAAGACCCCGUGGACCACGGCCCUCUGAGGGUUGUCAGACCCCGCGGACCACGGCGCUCUGACGUGUGCUGCUGCCUCUCGCUCCUUCCAGUGAUGGGCCUCAGUUUCAACUGUGCUCACUGUCUUUCCUCUGGCCAUAACGGUUUGUUAAGAUAUCUAACUACUGCAGCACAGGGGUUGGCGUCCUGAUGGCUCUGUUAACCUAGCAUUAGAUAGAUACCCGGGAGUUUGGCAGCUGUUCAAGUUCAAGUUCAAAUAUGUUUAUUGAGAUAAGAAAGAAAUACAUCUCAAAGAGAUAGAGUAGCUUAGGCUAUUUUACCCCCCCCCCCUGGGAGAGGUCGAGUGUAGCAUACUGGGAAAGAUCGGCAUUUGGCUUAGGGGCGACCUCGAUAAGAUUGUACUUAAGACCCAAGUUCAGGCUUUCUGUCCCCGUCAACGGGAUUUAUAUAAAGUAUGUUGUCUUGGGGAAGUAUCAAUGUAUCAUCACAGUUCUUGCUUAUUUUCCUUAUUCCAUUGAAAUAAAAAUGUCAAUAAACUUGAUGAAAUUGUUAGUAUUUGUGAAGAUUUUAAACAUUUCAUAGUAAGGUAAUUAGCAAGAGAAAUUGGUAAGUACACGAAUGCAAUCAUUAAAUAACCUCACAUGUUUUGAGCAAUGUGUUUGUUAGGCUACUGUUCUUAUACCAGAACACCCCACAGAGCCCUCCCUGCCUCAGCCAGCCAGGGGAGGGCCACACGUGGCCACCCUCCCUGCCUCAGCCAGCCAGGGGAGGGCCACACGUGGCCACGUCUCCCCCAUAGUCAAGGGAGGGCUGGAUGUUGAUCACCCAAAUAUUCAGAAUGUGUUCCAUAUCGUAAAUUUAUUUACUUAAUUUAAAUUAUAAUUAGUGCUGUUUUUUUAACAAGUACUUGAUUUAAUUUCACAUAUUUUCUAUUAGUCGCCACAAGUGGUCACACGACCACUGUGACGGAAUAAAUAAUUUAUGAAUGUUAUCCUUAAUCAAUUUUUUGUUAAUGGAAUACCAAUGUUAUAGACAUUUAUUACAAGUCUUCAAUUGCAGUAUGAUAGAUACGCCCUCAUUUUAUCAUAUUUCAGUUGGCUAUGAUCAGUGUAACUUUAGCAUUAAAGAAUAGACUACCUUGCUCAUAAUGUUAUACAGGUUAAUUAUUAACGCUGGCAAUGUACUGUGAGGUAGAGACAGGCGACUUGAUCUCAAUAUAAAGGCAAGUAGAAGAGUUUAUUGUAAUCAAUCACUUAAUAAGGAAAAAAUGGAAUUUGCCUUUUUAUAAUUUAUGCGUGUUCUAUUUAUACCAUUGUAUUUUGCUUUCCGUGUUGACUAAAUGUCUGUAUGUAGUGUAU